GGCACACACUUUGGCUCAUUAUAGCCAUUGAAUUGUUCAUCUUAUCUUUGAGCGAUUAAAGUUACCAGUUGACAAAAAGAUUUCGACUUUCAGACACCCUUUUGAUCGAAUUUUGAAUCUUGAAGAUCGUCGUCAUGAAAGGCAAGGGGCAAAGUCAGAACAUUUUUGUUAGAAUCAUGGUGUCACCAAUUAGGGCACUUGGAAAAGCAAGGGACAUGUAUGUGAGGAGCAUAAUAAAAUGUGGGGACAGCAUGAACUAUAGUAACCCCAUGAAUGCUGCAAACAGAUUCUCAGCUUUGUCUAGAAGCCAUAGUGCUGCAACAUCAAGAAGAUCUGAAGUUAAUGAUGAGGAUUUUGCUGAGCUCAUGAGGGCUGCUUCUGCUAGAACUUUGGCUAAUAGAAUUGACGUGGAUUAUGUCCUAAAACAGCAGCAUCAGCAUGUUCAUCAUAAUUCAAAAGGGUUACCAAAAUCUAGCAGUGUUGGUAUGGCUAGAAUUGAUGAGGAGAAUGAUUAUGCAGAAGGUAGUGUUGGUGGCGGUGGUGUUGGUGGCGGUUUUGGUGUGCCUGAAUUGUAUCCAAGAAGUAAGAGUUAUGCUGUGUCUAAGACUCAUAGUGUUGUUGCUUUCUGAAAACUUAUGAAAUCAACAAUUACCCUCUUUCUUUUUCUUUCUUUUUCCUUUUUUUAUACCAUGAUUUGAAGAUGAGGUUCAGACAUGGGGAAAUUAAAUAAUGUAGUGAGUUAGGAAAAUUGAGAUGAAGAGAGAAUUUGUGUAGAGAUUUUGUAUUCUUUAUUUGAUUGUAUCUGUUUCUUUCUCAUGUUUUGAUUGGACAAUUUGCAAAAUUUUUCA